AUGGAAGCAUCUGAUCAAACACUUGUUUGUGUGAAACAAGUGAAGCAACACAUAACUGAUGAAUGGGAUGAGAGCAUGCCAUUACCAGGAGACAUCAUUGAAGGAUUCUCAACAGAAAACAUCGACGUUGCCGAUGAAUCCUUUUUGCAUGCAAAGACUAGUUCAGAGUUUAGUUCACAGCUUGGAAAGAUCAACAGUUGCGUCGAGUCCAUAUGGAUUAAGGUUAGAAGGGGUGAUAGUUUGAUGAAACUGCAGACAUGUAUUGUUCAACAGAAAGUUUCUGUUCUUAGACGAAAGUAUACUAUCCAAGCCAUAACAGAUCAUAGACAUAUCGCAGAUUUAGCCGAUCUAACAUUAAACCAGUGCAUUGAACUGCAGGUAAUGACAAGGAGAGUAAUGAACACGAAGGAUCAAGGAUUCCGCAAAGACGCGAUAAAAUAUGAUUGGAAGAUGAAAGUAAAAACAUAUCUGCCUUAUCAAUGCUCCUCAGUUGUAAGCUCCAUUCUAUUCAUGCCACUCAUCAGUGAGCACUGCAUCGAUACCGUUACGGCUAGGUGCAUGGCCUGGUUUAGUGCAGCAAUUUCCUCAGGGGUCCCUCUUGUUUUUGUCAAUAUCCAAACCGAACUAAUUCCACCUAAGGUAGUAGUAUGUAUACUUUUUCUUCAAGUUUCUUAUAGUACAUACAUGCAUUAA